GCCCAACCGGUUGAUCCCGAUCUCACCGCCAAGCUGCUGGGCCGCGGCGUGGCCGUAUCACCGAUCGUUACGGUCGAGCCGCGGCGCCGCAAGUUCCACAAGGCCAUCACCCUCAGCAUGCCCGCCCCCAAGGCGCACAGCCAGGGGAUGAUCAAUCAAUACUCGGGCAACACCCCCACCCUGCGCCUGCUCUGCUCGAUCACAGUAAGCGGACCAUCCCGUGCUCAAUGGGAAGAUGUUACCGGAUCCACGCCCCUGACCUUUGUCAAUGAUUGUGUCUCCUUCACGACCACCGUUUCGGCUCGAUUCUGGCUAAUGGAUUGCCGUAAUAUAUCGGAUGCCACCAAAAUGGCCACUGAGCUGUACAAGGAGGUAAUCCAUGUACCCUUCAUUGCCAAGUUUGUGGUGUUCGCCAAGAAGAUCGAACCGUUCGAAGCCCGACUGCGAGUGUUCUGUAUGACCGACGAUCGUGAGGAUAAGACACUUGAGAAGCAUGAGCUCUACACAGAAGUUGCCAAGAGCCGUGAUGUAGAAGUCCUUGAAGGCAAGCCCCAGUACAUUGAGAUGGCUGGCAAUCUUGUGCCCGUGACCAAGUCGGGUGACCAAUUGCAGCUGCAGUUCAAGGCCUUCCGCGAGAACCGUCUGCCCUUCACCGUUCGCGUUAAGGAUCAGCAUGCCGACAUUGUUGGCCGUACGCUGUUCAUGAAGGAACCAAAGGUGGCCAAGGGUGAGCCACCACAACAGCCCAUCUGCAUCCUGAACAUUGUACUCCCGGAAGCAGUGAUUCCGGAUUCUACAACGGCCUUCUCGGACCGUGUCACCUCCGCCUACAGAACCUCAAUGUUUAGCUUGAGCAAACAUCAAAAUGAUCAUUACAUCGGCGACAUUCGCAUUGUGGAUCUAUCGAAUCUAUUGGGCAAGGACUGGAUCCAGUUGGCCCCAGAGAUUGGCAUAAAUGCAGAGGAAAUCGAUGAGAUCAUCAACCAAAACACCGACAGUAUUGCCAGACAGGCCCAGAGCAUGAUUCGUCUUUACAAGGACAAGCCCAACUAUGACAUUCUUUUGCUAGAAGCGGCACUCAAGAACAUUGGACGGGACGAUAUUAUGAAGAAGUGCAAGAGUGGGCGACUUUCGCAUUCACGCGAGUUCGAUGACACGGACAUUAUGAAGAACUCGGAAUCCGUAGAAGAGCUGGUUCGCAGAGAAAGCAAGCGAAUCCAGCAAAUCAAUGAACGCGAAGAGGUCAAAUACUCAGCCGAGGAGAAGGAAGUCGAAGAAUCCGAGUCCGAUGAGGAAGCCGCCAAGCGCACGGUGGCCGAGAGGCGUGAGAAGAUUGUCAAGCGUCUGUCCAUGGAGCGAUCCAUUCCUGCAUCCACCCAAAAGAAGGAGAUAACCCGCGAAAUAACCGAAAUUAAGCGAAAGAGUCUAAUCGAAGACAAGAAGGCCCAUCACGAAUCCGAGAUCUUGAUGCAGCUGCCUGCAGACAAUGUGAUCAUUAAGACGACUACGGUACCCGAGCAGGUCAUCAAGAUGAAGAUGGGUAAAAUGGACUCCACCGAAGUGAGCAAGAGCGAGUUUGACAAGGAACUGACACACAAGUUCAAGACAUCCGGACGCAGUUCAGAAGAGGAAGACCAGCCUUCUUCACCAGACCAGACCGAUAAAAUUGUCCAAGAUAUCAGCUCCGCUGAAAAGAAGGAAAAGGAUGGAGUGACCUUCAGCCGGGUGACUACUAUCACUCGCCAGGAGGCUCGUGACAUCACCGAGGAUUUGGAGAUGGAGAAGCGCAGCCAACUCCCGGCUACUUCCACCACCGCAACCGUUCACGAGAAGUUCGUCGAAGAAGUCAAGGAAAAGACCAGCCCUAUGGCAUCAGUGCCACAGGACACUGUCAAGGAGGUUCAACAAGUCAUCCAGGAGGUUACCGAAAUAGCCAGCAAGAAGGUUGAGAACAUAAUUAGCUCCUUCGAGACCACCAAACCAGAGGCAACGGUUGUUCUACCUACCCAGACGACUUCCGAAUCAACAAAGGUUAGCGAGACCAUUAAGCACCUAGAAGAUGUCAAGACGAUUGCCCAAGAGCAAAAGAAGACGGUCCAAGUAAUAGAGAGCUCCAGUAUUGAGGAAACCAUUGCCGACUUCGAAGCCAAGAAGGUUAAGUAUGACUUCCAUGGUGGCGAACCCAAGACACAGAUCCCUAAGUUCACGAGGAAACCCAGCGAGGAUUCUAUGAAGCCUACUGCAGCUCCACGUGCUGCGGCUGAGCCUGAAAUUGAGUCUGCAGUAGAUACCAAAUCCGAGAAGCCGAUCUCAAAGAUUCCAGUAAAGACAUCUGCAUCAGAAGUCGAUGCUCGAAAGAUGACCCAAGACUUUCUGCAGGGUGAGAAAUUAGCCGCAGAGCCUAAGCCAGCCCCAGCAGCCAGCAAAAUUCCAAAGGUGGAACCUAGGAAAUCAGUAGAGAAAGUGGUCGAGAAGGAGUCGAAGAUCUUAGAUGAUGUAGUAGCAUCUACCGCGACCAUAAUGACAGCAGGUCUGGGUGCAGAGCAGCUCAAGGACAAGUCCGUCAAGCAGCCGGAAAUUGCCGCCAAGGCUGAUACUGUUGCCGAAAAGGUUUCCGAACUAGUUGACACAUUCCACAAGAUCGAGGAGAAGGUGACCAAGUCUGAGAAGACGUCAGAAAUUUCCAGCAAAGUGGAGGACUUGGUAAAGGUUGAAGACAAGCCUCUGUUACAGACUCAUUUCAAAGAAGACAAGGUGGCAGAAAAGGUAGCCGAUGUUGUCGAAACAUUCCACAAGAUCGAGGAGCAGAUAACCACCUCCGAAGCUCGCAAACUAACCCAUGAUUUCCUUAGCAUGGAGCAGCAAUCCCAACUGUCGAGCAUGCCCUAUGCCGCUGAAAAACCUCUUGAGUCCAGUCUUACAUCCACCUCAGCCUCGGAACCAGAUUCGGUGGUAUCUGUGAAACCUUUACCGCCAGCAAGUAAGAUACCUGUUGUUGAACCCAGGAAGACCCUGGUCGAAGCUCCAAAGCCACUGAUCGAACCGGAGCCUGUGAAACCAAGCGAAAAGAAGCCAUUAAAUGAGCCUGUGAAACCAAGCGAAAAGAAGCCAUUAAAUGAGCGUCAGCUCACCGCUGAUUUCUUGAGCAUGGAGCAGCAAACCCAACUGAUGUCCGAACCCGCCAAGACACUCGGAGAGGUAACACAGACCACAGAGCAGCAAGUAGAUCAGACACAGAAACCAAAACCUUUGAAUGAGCGCCAACUCACUGAGGACUUUUUGAACAUGGAGCAGCAAACCCAACUGCCAUCUCAAUUAUUAGCGGUGAUUAAGCCUUCAGAUAAGCUAAUCGAUGGCAUCGAGUCGGCGGCCCCAGUUGGUGAUGUUUCAUUAUUCCAGACUCCCAAACUGACCACCAGUGUGGUGACCCAAGAGUCUCAAAGGCUGGCUACUGAAUACGACAGCGACACUUUUGGCAAAGGGGCCACUAUUCCACUGACCGAAACAAUCAAACAAGAGGCACUCAUUGCUCCCGUGUCGAUGGAGCCACGCAAAUCUCUGACCGAUGCGGAGUUCUGCAAAUCGGUGGGCGAAACUAUCACCAAGAAAAUGAGCGAGGGCGUGAUUGAAAUAACCGAUGAGCUCAAGAAAAUGGCGAGCGACAUUCCACACUUGACUCCUCCGCCAACUCCAAGUGACACCAAAACCGAGAAGCAGACCGAGCAGCCCGAACUGAUUAGCUUAGAGCGUGAUUAUCUGGAAGACACUGUGACCACGUUGCACUCGACCACAGUCACAUUUGAGCGCGUCUCUGCCAUUACCAAAAUUGAGCACUUCAGUGUUCAUAGUAAACCCGAAACCUUUACAAGAACAGAUGAAACUGAUAAGCUGCUUCAUAGUGUGGUAGCUCCCCAUAUUCCGAAAAUGUACUCACCAGACACUACCUCAUUUACAGAAAUGAGUACAAGUAGUCAAACACCGAAGAUGACAACCACAACGACCUUAACAGCGCAAGUAGAUCGAACCAUAGUUGACUUGACCAUCCCAGAGAAAGAUAAACCAGAGCUUCCGCGAGAGAAGUUACCCAAGGAUCGGUCACCAGUAGAUAUAGAUGCUGAAAAGGCUGCCAGUGAUAGGGAGUACUUAGAGCAGAUUAUGGGCUGUGGUGAUGUUAGACGCAAGGUAAUGCGUUUGGAGAGCAGCGGCAGUACAGAAUCAUUGGAUUCGAGUGUCAAGCAAACGGCUGUGAUACCCAAGUAUAUUGGCGACAAUGUGCCGGUGGUGCGAGAGGUGGUGCAGAGCAUCGAGGAUAAGAUCUGCAGUACAAUGGUAUCGGCCAUUCCUUUCGCCGUGCAGAAGCGGCAGCCUCACGAAGAUGACAAGGAACCCAAUGUAGUGGAACUGGAGAAGCAAAUAUUAACGCCAGCGGACUUGGCUCUGGAUAAGUUAAUCAAGUGCGAACUGCCGACAGAGGUAGUCAAAAUUUCGCCCAUCGAGUCCAUGGAACAUGUGAGCCUUGGCUUAAAAGAGAUUGAGGAGGAAGUUUGCGAGAAAGUUUGUGAGAAGCGUAAGGCCUUUGAGGUGGCUGAAGACUUAUGUGAAACGGAAAAGACUUUAAAGGAACAGGUAAUAGGAUUAGGCAGGCAAGUAGAAUUGGUACCUGGCAAGAUUUUAACUGAAACUAUUGAAGAGCAUAAAGACUUAGGGGAUAAGGAAGCCAUUGACUCAUUGCCAAGGGUGAGGGAAGUAGUGCAGGAUAUUGAACGCAGAUAUCCAGUCUCGAGCCUGGAGGCCAAGCCGUUUAGUCCACGAACCAAGUCAGCUCAGGACCGUAAGGUGGAUGUUUCCAUUAUAGAGCAGCAAAUUUUAAGCGAUGCCGAUCUGAUUUUAGAUGGGUUAGGCUCAAAGAGCGUUCCGGAGCAGAAAGUGCACGCACCCCUUUCGGCUAUGGCCAAGGCGAGCGACAGUAUUGAAAACCUCGAAGACGUCUGUGAAAAGAAGUGCUCUAAGCGCAUAAUUUCAGAUAUGGCACAGGCCAACGAAGAUCAAGAAAACACGGAAAGUGUACUAGAAAUUGACGACGUCAAGUCGAUCACAGCCAAGUUCCUUGACCAUGAGUCUACCAAAGUCCACGUAACUGAAAGUAUUCAUGAUUUUGAGACUAAUAGUAUUGUUCGCGAAGGCUUGACAGAGAUUGCAGAGAGUCAAAUUAGAUUAUUAAAAGAAUGUGAUAAGCAAGAAUUUCCAAUAGAAUCGACUAAGAACAUUAAACUUGUAGAAUUUCCUAAAAUUGCACACACCUUGGAACGAUUACAUUCCAUUUCUAAAACAGACAUUGAUCACACAAAGGAGUUUGCCCACGAAGCCAGUGAAUUUGAGAAGAAGUUGGAUAACCUAGUUGAGCAGUCCUUAGCACAGAAGGAACACAAACUCGUAGAAAGGAAUACAUCUAGCAAAUUUCCAACCCAAGAUGAUGUAAUCCAGCUUGAGGGCCUCCAGCAUUCGAUCUCGAAGACCACUGAACUGGUUUCAAUGACUGAAGAUGCACACACUAAAUUUCCAUCCGAUGGGAAGCCUAAAUUUUUAAAGCAAAUCGACAGCGAUAGUGAUGAAGAGUUGGAUAACUUUAAGAAAUUGAAAAGAAAAGUUGACACGUACAGCCAAUUGGGUGAAGAAGGACAGCUUCAAACUGAAGAUUGGCCUACGGGUCAGACCAAAUCUACUAGCCUAGACUACAAGCCAGAAUCUCCCACUAGUUUAAUAAAACCUUUACCAAAAGACUACUCAACCGAUGAAAGCGACAAAGAGUUUCCAAUUUCCAAGCCUCAAGACAAGACUAUUGGUCAGCCCGCUCCAUCCGCAACUCCCUUCACCGGCGUUGGUGACAAGUCUCCAAUUAAAGAAGAAGUUAAGCCUACUGUUUCAAUUUCCAAAGUAGAAGAAAGCUCAACAACAUUUUACUCAGACAGCACUAGUUUCAAAUCACCUCUUGAUUCAAUAAAACCUAUUCAACAACAAUACUCGGACGAUGAAAGCGAUGAAGAGUUUGGAAUUCCGAAGCCCCAAGACAAGACUGUGGCUCAGCCAACUCCAUCCACAGCUCCCUUAAGCGGCGUUGAUAAUAAAUCUCUUCUGAAAGAUGAACUUAAGCCUAUAGUUUCAAUUUCAAAAGUAGAAGAAAGCUCAACAACACUUCACUCCGAGAGCACUAUUUUCAAAUCAGUUGGUAUAAUUAACGCAUCAGAUCCUUUCUCAAGUUUCCAAGGUGACAAAAUUGGGGAUAAAUCUCCUCUUAAAGAAGCAGACAAACCGAAGCCCAUUGACGUUAAGUACUCGGACGAUGAAAGCGAUGAAGAGUUUGGAAUUCCGAAGCCCCAAGACAAGACUGUUGGUCAGCCAACUCCAUCCACAGCUCCCUUUAGCGCCGUUAGUGAAAAAUCUCCUGUAAUAGAAGCACACAAACCGAUGCCCAUUGACGUUAAGGAUGAUAAAGCCCCUACUAAACUGGACGACAAACCAAAAUCUCCUCUUGAUUUAAUAAACCCUAUUCAACAACAAUACUCGGACGAUGAAAGCGAUGAAGAGUUUGGAAUUCCGAAGCCCCAAGACAAGACUGUUGGUCAGCCAACUCCAUCCACAGCUCCCUUUAGCGCCGUUAGUGAAAAAUCUCCUGUAAUAGAAGCAGACAAACCGAUGCCCAUUGACGUUAAGGAUGACAACGCCCCUACUAAACUGGACGACAAACCAAAAUCACCUCUUGAUUCAGUAAAACCUAUUCAACAAGAAUACUCGGACGAUGAAAGCGAUGAAGAGUUUGGAAUUCCGAAGCCCCAAGACAAGACUGUGGCUCAGCCAACUCCAUCCACAGCUCCCUUAAGCGGCGUUGAUAAUAAAUCUCUUCUGAAAGAUGAACUUAAGCCUAUAGUUUCAAUUUCAAAAGUAGAAGAAAGCUCAACAACACUUCACUCCGAGAGCACUAUUUUCAAAUCAGUUGGUAUAAUUAAGGCAUCAGAUCCUUUCUCAAGUUUCCAAAGUCACAAAAUUGGGGAUAAAUCUCCUCUUAAAGAAGCAGACAAACCGAAGCCCAUUGACGUUAAGUACUCGGACGAUGAAAGCGAUGAAGAGUUUGGAAUUUCGAAGCCCCAAUACUCGGACGAUGAAAGCGAUGAAGAGUUUGGAAUUUCGAAGCCCCAAUCUUCUCUUGAUUCAAUAAAACCUAUUCAACAAGAAUACUCGGACGAUGAAAGCGAUGAAGAGUUUGGAAUUCCGAAGCCCCAAUACUCGGACGAUGAAAGCGAUGAAGAGUUUGAAAUAACCAAGCCCCAAGACAAGACUGUUGGUCAGCCAACUCCAUCAGUAGCUCCCUUUAGCGGCCCUCUUGAUUCAGUAAAACCUAUUCAACAAGAAUAUUCGGACGAUGAAAGCGAUGAAGAGUUUGGAAUUCCCAGGCCCCAAGACAAGACUCUUGGUCUGCCAACUCCUUCAGUAGCUCCCUUUAGCGGCGAAGAUGAUAAAUCUCUUCUGAAAGAAGAACUUAAGCCUAGUGUUUCAAUUUCAAAAGUCGUAGAAAGCUCAACAACACUUCACUCCGACAGCACUAUUAUCAAAUCAUACUCGGACGAUGAAAGCGAUGAAGAGUUUGAAAUAACCAAGCCCCAAGACAAGACUGUUGGUCAGCCAACUCCAUCAGUAGCUCCCUUUAGCGCCGUUAGUGAAAAAUCUCCAUUAAAAGAAGCAGACAAACCGAUGCCCAUUGACGUUAAGGAUGACAAAGCCCCUACUAAACUGGACGACAAAACAAAAUCACCUAUUGAUUCAGUAAAACCUAUUCAAGAAGAAUACUCGGACGAUGAAAGCGAUGAAGAGUUUGGAAUUCCGAAGCCCCAAGACAAGACUGUUGGUCAGCCAACUCCAUCAGCAGCUCCAUUUAGCGCCGUUGAUAAAAAGUCUCCUCUAAAGGAAACAGACAAACCGAUGCCCAUUGACGUUAAGGAUGAUAAAGCCCCUACUAAACUGGACGACAAACCAAAAUCUCCUCUUGAUUUAAUAAACCCUAUUCAACAACAAUACUCGGACGAUGAAAGCGAUGAAGAGUUUGGAAUUCCGAAGCCCCAAGACAAGACUGUGGCUCAGCCAACUCCAUCCACAGCUCCCUUUAGCGCCGUUAGUGAAAAAUCUCCAUUAAAAGAAGCAGACAAGCCGAUGCCCAUUGACGUUAAGGAUGACAAAGCCCCUACUAAACUGGACGACAAACCAAAGUCUCCUCUUGAUUCAGUGAAACCUAUUCAACAAGAAUACUCGGACGAUGAAAGCGAUGAAGAGUUUGGAAUUCCGAAGCCCCAAGACAAGACUGUUGGUCAGCCAACUCCAUCAGUAGCUCCCUUUAGCGCCGUUAGUGAAAGAUCUCCUUUAAAAGAAGCAGACAAACCGAUGCCCAUUGACGUUAAGGAUGACAAAGCCCCUACUAAACUGGACUGCAAACCAAAGUCUCAUCUUGAUUCAGUAAAACCUAUUCAACAAGAAUACUCGGACGAUGAAAGCGAUGAAGAGUUUGGUAUUCCCAAGCCUCAAGACAUGACUGUUGGUCAGCCAACUCCAUCAGUAGCUCCCUUUAGCGGCGUUAGUGAAAAAUCUCCUCUAAAGGAAACAGACAAACCGAAGACAUUUGACGUUAAGGAUGACAAAGCUUCUACUAAACUGGACGACAAACCAAAAUCACCUCUUGAUUCAGUAAAACCUUUUCAACAAGAAUAUUCGGACGAUGAAAGCGAUGAAGAGUUUGGAAUUCCGAAGCCCCAAGACAAGACUGUUGGUCAGCCAACUCCAUCAGCAGCUCCAUUUAGCGCCGUUGAUAAAAAGUCUCCUCUAAAGGAAACAGACAAAUCGAUGCCCAUUGACGUUAAGGAUGAUAAAGCCCCUACUAAACUGGACGACAAACCAAAAUCUCCUCUUGAUUUAAUAAACCCUAUUCAACAACAAUACUCGGACGAUGAAAGCGAUGAAGAGUUUGGAAUUCCGAAGCCCCAAGACAAGACUGUGGCUCAGCCAACUCCAUCCACAGCUCCCUUUAGCGCCGUUAGUGAAAAAUCUCCAUUAAAAGAAGCAGACAAGCCGAUGCCCAUUGACGUUAAGGAUGACAAAGCCCCUACUAAACUGGACGACAAACCAAAGUCUCCUCUUGAUUCAGUGAAACCUACAACAAAAUACUCGGACGAUGAAAGCGAUGAAGAGUUUGGAAUUCCGAAGCCCCAAGACAAGACUGUGGCUCAGCCAACUCCAUCCACAGCUCCCUUUAGCGCCGUUAGUGAAAAAUCUCCUUUAAAAGAAGCAGACAAACCGAUGCCUAUUGACGUUAAGGAUGACAAAGCCCCUACUAAAUUGGACGACAAACCAAAGUCUCCUCUUGAUUCAGUAAAACUUAUUCAACAAGAAUACUCGGACGAUGAAAGCGAUGAAGAGUUUGAAAUUCCCAGGCCCCAAGACAAGACUCUUGUUCUGCCAACUCCUUCAGUAGCUCCCUUUAGCGGCGUUGAUGAUAAAUCUCUAUUGAAAGAAGAACUUAAGCCUACUGUUUCAAUUUCAAAAGUAGAUGAAAGCUCAACAACACUUCACUCCGAAAGCACUAUUUUCAAAUCAGUUGGUAUAAUUAAGCCAUCAGAUCCUGUCUCAAGUUUCCAAGGUGACAAAAUUGGGAAUAAAUCUCCUCUUAAAGAAGCAGACAAACCGAUGCCCAUUGACGUUAAGGAUGACAAAGCCCCUACUGAACUAGACGAUAAACCAAAGUCUCCUCUUGAUUCAGUAAAACCUUUUCAACAAGAAUAUUCGGACGCUGAAAGCGAUGAAGAGUUUGGAAUUCCGAAGCCCCAAGACAAGACUGUUGGUCAGCCAACUCCAUCAGCAGCUCCAUUUAGCGCCGUUGAUAAAAAGUCUCCUCUAAAGGAAACAGACAAACCGAUGCCCAUUGACGUUAAGGAUGACAAAGCCCCUACUAAACUGGACGACAAACCAAAGUCUCCUCUUGAUUCAGUGAAACCUAUUCAACAAAAAUACUCGGACGAUGAAAGCGAUGAAGAGUUUGGAAUUCCGAAGCCCCAAGACAAGACUGUGGCUCAGCCAACUCCAUCCACAGCUCCCUUUAGCGCCGUUAGUGAAAAAUCUCCUUUAAAAGAAGCAGACAAACCGAUGCCUAUUGACGUUAAGGAUGACAAAGCCCCUACUAAAUUGGACGACAAACCAAAGUCUCCUCUUGAUUCAGUAAAACUUAUUCAACAAGAAUACACUGUUGGUCAGCCAACUCCUUCAGUAGCUCCCUUUAGCGGCGUUGAUGAUAAAUCUCUUCUGAAAGAAGAACUUAAGCCUACUGUUUCAAUUUCAAAAGUAGAAGAAAGCUCAACAACACUUCACUCUGAGAGCACUAUUUUCAAAUCAGUUGGUAUAAUUAAGCCAUCAGAUCCUUUCUCAAGUUUCCAAGGUGACAAAAUUGGGGAUAAAUCUCCUCUUAAAGAAGCAGACAAACCGAUGCCCAUUGACGUUAAGGAUGACAAAGCCCCUACUAAACUGGACGACAAACCAAAGUCUCCUCUUGAUUCAGUAAAACUUAUUCAACAACAAUACUCGGACGAUGAAAGCGAUGAAGAGUUUGGAAUUCCGAAGCCCCAAGACAAGACUGUGGCUCAGCCAACUCCAUCCACAGCUCCCUUUAGCGCCGUUAGUGAAAAAUCUCCAUUAAAAGAAGCAGACAAGCCGAUGCCCAUUGACGUUAAGGAUGACAAAGCCCCUACUAAACUGGACCACAAACCAAAGUCUCCUCUUGAUUCAGUAAAACUUAUUCAACAAGAAUACUCGGACGAUGAAAGCGAUGAAGAGUUUAAAAUUCCCAGGCCCCAAGACAAGACUCUUGUUCUGCCAACUCCUUCAGUAGCUCCCUUUAGCGGCGUUGAUGAUAAAUCUCUAUUGAAAGAAGAACUUAAGCCUACUGUUUCAAUUUCAAAAUACUCUGACGAUGAAAGCGCUGAAGAGUUUGGAAUUCCGAAGCCCCAAGACAAGACUGUGGCUCAGCCAACUCCAUCCACAGCUCCCUUUAGCGCCGUUAGUGAAAAAUCUCCUCUAAAGGAAGCAGACAAACCGAUGCCUAUUGACGUUAAGGAUGACAAAGCCCCUACUAAACUGGACGAUAAACCAAAGUCUCCUCUUGAUUCAGUAAAACCUAUUCAACAAGAAUAUUCGGACGAUGAAAGCGAUGAAGAGUUUGGAAUUCCCAGGCCCCAAGACAAGACUGUUGGUCAGCCAACUCCUUCAGUAGCUCCCUUUAGCGGCGUUGAUGAUAAAUCUCUUCUGAAAGAAGAACUUAAGCCUACUGUUUCAAUUUCAAAAGUAGAAGAAAGCUCAACAACACUUCACUCUGAGAGCACUAUUUUCAAAUCAGUUGGUAUAAUUAAGCCAUCAGAUCCUUUCUCAAGUUUCCAAGGUGACAAAAUUGGGGAUAAAUCUCCUCUUAAAGAAGGUGACAAACCGAUGCCCAUUGACGUUAAGGAUGACAAACCCCCAACUAAACUGGACGACAUACCAAAGUUUCCUCUUGAUUCAAUAAAACCUAUUCAACAACAAUACUCGGACGAUGAAAGCGAUGAAGAGUUUGGAAUUCCGAAGCCCCAAGACAAGACUGUGGCUCAGCUAACUCCAUCCACAGCUCCCUUUAGCGCCGUUAGUGAAAAAUCUCCAUUAAAAGAAGCAGACAAGCCGAUGCCCAUUGACGUUAAGGAUGACAAAGCCCCUACUAAACUGGACGACAAACCAAAGUCUCCUCUUGAUUCAGUAAAACUUAUUCAACAAGAAUACUCUGACGAUGAAAGCGCUGAAGAGUUUGGAAUUCCGAAGCCCCAAGACAAGACUGUGGCUCAGCCAACUCCAUCCACAGCUCCCUUUAGCGCAGUUAGUGAAAAAUCUCCUCUAAAGGAAGCAGACAAACCGAUGCCCAUUGACGUUAAGGAUGACAAAGCCCCUACUAAACUGGACGAUAAACCAAAGUCUCCUCUUGAUUCAGUAAAACUUAUUCAACAAGAAUACUCUGACGAUGAAAGCGCUGAAGAGUUUGGAAUUCCGAAGCCCCAAGACAAGACUGUGGCUCAGCCAACUCCAUCCACAGCUCCCUUUAGCGCCGUUAGUGAAAAAUCUCCUCAAGAAGCAGACAAACCGAUGCCCAUUGACGUUAAGGAUGACAAAGCCCCUACUAAACUGGACGAUAAACCAAAGUCUCCUCUUGAUUCAGUAAAACCUAUUCAACAAGAAUAUUCGGACGAUGAAAGCGCUGAAGAGUUUGGAAUUCCGAAGCCCCAAGACAAGACUGUGGCUCAGCCAACUCCAUCCACAGCUCCCUUUAGCGCCGUUAGUGAAAAAUCUCCAUUAAAAGAAGCAGACAAGCCGAUGCCCAUUGACGUUAAGGAUGACAAAGCCCCUACUAAACUGGACGACAAACCAAAGUCUCCUCUUGAUUCAGUAAAACUUAUUCAACAAGAAUACUCUGACGAUGAAAGCGCUGAAGAGUUUGGAAUUCCGAAGCCCCAAGACAAGACUGUGGCUCAGCCAACUCCAUCCGCAGCUCCCUUUAGCGCAGUUAGUGAAAAAUCUCCUCUAAAGCAAGCAGACAAACCGAUGCCCAUUGACGUUAAGGAUGACAAAGCCCCUACUAAACUGGACGAUAAACCAAAGUCUCCUCUUGAUUCAGUAAAACCUAUUCAACAAGAAUAUUCGGACGAUGAAAGCGAUGAAGAGUUUGGAAUUCCCAGGCCCCAAGACAAGACUGUUGGUCAGCCAACUCCUUCAGUAGCUCCCUUUAGCGGCGUUGAUGAUAAUUCUCUUCUGAAAGAAGAACUUAAGCCUACUGUUUCAAUUUCAAAAGUAGAAGAAAGCUCAACAACACUUCACUCUGAGAGCACUAUUUCAAAUCAGUUGCCUACUAAACUGGACGACAAACCAAAGUCUCCUCUUGAUUCAGUAAAACUUAUUCAACAACAAUACUCGGACGAUGAAAGCGCUGAAGAGUUUGGAAUUCCGAAGCCCCAAGACAAGACUGUGGCUCAGCCAACUCCAUCCACAGCUCCCUUUAGCGCCGUUAGUGAAAAAUCUCCUCUAAAGGAAGCAGACAAACCGAUGCCCAUUGACGUUAAGGAUGACAAAGCCCCUACUAAACUGGACGAUAAACCAAAGUCUCCUCUUGAUUCAGUAAAACCUAUUCAACAAGAAUAUUCGGACGAUAAAAGCGAUGAAGAGUUUGGAAUUCCCAGGCCCCAAGACAAGACUAUUGGUCAGCCAACUCCUCUUCUGAAAGAAGAACUUAAGCCUACUGUUUCAAUUUCAAAAGUAGAAGAAAGCUCAACAACACUUCACUCUGAGAGCACUAUUUUCAAAUCAGUUGGUAUAAUUAAGCCAUCAGAUCCUUUCUCAAGUUUCCAAGGUGACAAAAUUGGGGAUAAAUCUCCUCUUAAAGAAGGUGACAAACCGAUGCCCAUUGACGUUAAGGAUGACAAACCCCCAACUAAACUGGACGACAUACCAAAGUCUCCUCUUGAUUCAAUAAAACCUAUUCAACAACAAUACUCGGACGAUGAAAGCGAUGAAGAGUUUGGAAUUCCGAAGCCCCAAGAUAAGACUGUGGCUCAGCCAACUCCAUCCACAGCUCCCUUUAGCGCCGUUAGUGAAAAAUCUCCAUUAAAAGAAGCAGACAAGCCGAUGCCCAUUGACGUUAAGGAUGACAAAGCCCCUACUAAACUGGACGACAAACCAAAGUCUCCUCUUGAUUCAGUAAAACUUAUUCAACAAGAAUACUCUGACGAUGAAAGCGCUGAAGAGUUUGGAAUUCCGAAGCCCCAAGACAAGACUGUGGCUCAGCCAACUCCAUCCACAGCUCCCUUUAGCGCCGUUAGUGAAAAAUCUCCUCUAAAGGAAGCAGACAAACCGAUGCCCAUUGACGUUAAGGAUGACAAAGCCCCUACUAAACUGGACGAUAAACCAAAGUCUCCUCUUGAUUCAGUAAAACCUAUUCAACAAGAAUAUUCGGACCAUGAAAGCGAUGAAGAGUUUGGAAUUCCCAAGCCCCAAAAAGAAGAACUUAAGCCUACUGUUUCAAUUUCAAAAGUAGAAGAAAGCUCAACAACACUUCACUCUGAGAGCACUAUUUUCAAAUCAGUUGGUAUAAUUAAGCCAUCAGAUCCUUUCUCAAGUUUCCAAGGUGACAAAAUUGGGGAUAAAUCUCCUUUUAAAGAAGGUGACAAACCGAUGCCCAUUGACGUUAAGGAUGACAAACCCCCAACAAAACUGGACGACAAACCAAAGUCUCCUCUUGAUUCAGUAAAACUUAUUCAACAACAAUACUCGGACGAUGAAAGCGAUGAAGAGUUUGGAAUUCCGAAGCCCCAAGACAAGACUGUGGCUCAGCCAACUCCAUCCACAGCUCCCUUUAGCGCCGUUAGUGAAAAAUCUCCUCUAAAGGAAGCAGACAAACCGAUGCCCAUUGACGUUAAGGAUGACAAAGCCCCUACUAAACUGGACGAUAAACCAAAGUCUCCUCUUGAUUCAGUAAAACCUAUUCAACAAGAAUAUUCGGACGAUGAAAGCGAUGAAGAGUUUGGAAUUCCCAGGCCCCAAGACAAGACUGUUGGUCAGCCAACUCCUUCAGUAGCUCCCUUUAGCGGCGUUGAUGAUAAAUCUCUUCUGAAAGAAGAACUUAAGCCUACUGUUUCAAUUUCAAAAGUAGAAGAAAGCUCAACAACACUUCACUCUGAGAGCACUAUUUUCAAAUCAGUUGGUAUAAUUAAGCCAUCAGAUCCUUUCUCAAGUUUCCCAGGUGACAAAAUUGGGGAUAAAUCUCCUUUUAAAGAAGGUGACAAACCGAUGCCCAUUGACCCUCUUGAUUCAAUAAAACCUAUUCAACAACAAUACUCGGACGAUGAAAGCGAUGAAGAGUUUGGAAUUCCGAAGCCCCAAGACAAGACUGUGGCUCAGCCAACUCCAUCCACAGCUCCCUUUAGCGCCGUUAGUGAAAAAUCUCCAUUAAAAGAAGCAGACAAGCCGAUGCCCAUUGACGUUAAGGAUGACAAAGCCCCUACUAAACUGGACGACAAACCAAAGUCUCCUCUUGAUUCAAUAAAACCUAUUCAACAACAAUACUCGGACGAUGAAAGCGAUGAAGAGUUUGGAAUUCCGAAGCCCCAAGAUAAGACUGUGGCUCAGCCAACUCCAUCCACAGCUCCCUUUAGCGCCGUUAGUGAAAAAUCUCCAUUAAAAGAAGCAGACAAGCCGAUGCCCAUUGACGUUAAGGAUGUCAAAGCCCCUACUAAACUGGACGACAAACCAAAGUCUCCUCUUGAUUCAGUAAAACUUAUUCAACAAGAAUACUCUGACGAUGAAAGCGCUGAAGAGUUUGGAAUUCCGAAGCCCCAAGACAAGACUGUGGCUCAGCCAACUCCAUCCACAGCUCCCUUUAGCGCCGUUAGUGAAAAAUCUCCUCUAAAGGAAGCAGACAAACCGAUGCCCAUUGACGUUAAGGAUGACAAAGCCCCUACUAAACUGGACGAUAAACCAAAGUCUCCUCUUGAUUCAGUAAAACCUAUUCAACAAGAAUGUUCGGACGAUGAAAGCGAUGAAGAGUUUGGAAUUCCCAAGCCCCAAGACAAGACUAUUGGUCAGCCAACUCCUCUUCUGAAAGAAGAACUUAAGCCUACUGUUUCAAUUUCAAAAGUAGAAGAAAGCUCAACAACACUUCACUCUGAGAGCACUAUUUUCAAAUCAGUUGGUAUAAUUAAGCCAUCAGAUCCUUUCUCAAGUUUCCAAGGUGACAAAAUUGGGGAUAAAUCUCCUUUUAAAGAAGGUGACAAACCGAUGCCCAUUGACGUUAAGGAUGACAAACCCCCAACAAAACUGGACGACAAACCAAAGUCUCCUCUUGAUUCAGUAAAACUUAUUCAACAACAAUACUCGGACGAUGAAAGCGAUGAAGAGUUUGGAAUUCCGAAGCCCCAAGACAAGACUGUGGCUCAGCCAACUCCAUCCACAGCUCCCUUUAGCGCCGUUAGUGAAAAAUCUCCUCUAAAGGAAGCAGACAAACCGAUGCCCAUUGACGUUAAGGAUGACAAAGCCCCAACUAAACUGGACGAUAAACCAAAGUCUCCUCUUGAUUCAGUAAAACCUAUUCAACAAGAAUAUUCGGACGAUGAAAGCGAUGAAGAGUUUGGAAUUCCCAGGCCCCAAGACAAGACUGUUGGUCAGCCAACUCCUUCAGUAGCUCCCUUUAGCGGCGUUGAUGAUAAAUCUCUUCUGAAAGAAGAACUUAAGCCUACUGUUUCAAUUUCAAAAGUAGAAGAAAGCUCAACAACACUUCACUCUGAGAGCACUAUUUUCAAAUCAGUUGGUAUAAUUAAGCCAUCAGAUCCUUUCUCAAGUUUCCAAGGUGACAAAAUUGGGGAUAAAUCUCCUUUUAAAGAAGGUGACAAACCGAUGCCCAUUGACGUUAAGGAUGACAAACCCCCAACAAAACUGGACGACAAACCAAAGUCUCCUCUUGAUUCAGUAAAACUUAUUCAACAACAAUACUCGGACGAUGAAAGCGAUGAAGAGUUUGGAAUUCCGAAGCCCCAAGACAAGACUGUGGCUCAGCCAACUCCAUCCACAGCUCCCUUUAGCGCCGUUAGUGAAAAAUCUCCUCUAAAGGAAGCAGACAAACCGAUGCCCAUUGACGUUAAGGAUGACAAAGCCCCAAUUAAACUGGACGAUAAACCAAAGUCUCCUCUUGAUUCAGUAAAACCUAUUCAACAAGAAUAUUCGGACGAUGAAAGCGAUGAAGAGUUUGGAAUUCCCAGGCCCCAAGACAAGACUGUUGGUCAGCCAACUCCUUCAGUAGCUCCCUUUAGCGGCGUUGAUGAUAAAUCUCUUCUGAAAGAAGAACUUAAGCCUACUGUUUCAAUUUCAAAAGUAGAAGAAAGCUCAACAACACUUCACUCUGAGAGCACUAUUUUCAAAUCAGUUGGUAUAAUUAAGCCAUCAGAUCCUUUCUCAAGUUUCCCAGGUGACAAAAUUGGGGAUAAAUCUCCUUUUAAAGAAGGUGACAAACCGAUGCCCAUUGACCCUCUUGAUUCAAUAAAACCUAUUCAACAACAAUACUCGGACGAUGAAAGCGAUGAAGAGUUUGGAAUUCCGAAGCCCCAAGACAAGACUGUGGCUCAGCCAACUCCAUCCACAGCUCCCUUUAGCGCCGUUAGUGAAAAAUCUCCUCUAAAGGAAGCAGACAAACCGAUGCCCAUUGACGUUAAGGAUGACAAAGCCCCAACUAAACUGGACGAUAAACCAAAGUCUCCUCUUGAUUCAGUAAAACCUAUUCAACAAGAAUAUUCGGACGAUGAAAGCGAUGAAAAGUUUGGAAUUCCCAGGCCCCAAGACAAGACUCUUGGUCAGCCAACUCCAUCCAUAGCUCCCUUUAGCGCCGUUAGUGAAAAAUCUCCAUUAAAAGAAGCAGACAAACCGAUACCCAUUGACGUUAAGGAUGACAAAGCCCCAACUAAACUGGACGAUAAACCAAAGUCUCCUCUUGAUUCAGUAAAACCUAUUCAACAAGAAUAUUCGGACGAUGAAAGCGAUGAAGAGUUUGGAAUUCCCAGGCCCCAAUACUCGGACGAUGAAAGCGAUGAAGAGUUUGCAAUUCCGAAGCCCCAAGACAAGACUGUUGGUCAGCCAACUCCAUCCACAGCUCCCUUUAGCGCCGUUAGUGAAAAAUCUCCUUUAAAAGAAGCAGACAAACCGAUGCCCAUUGACGUUAAGAAUGACAAAGCCCCUACUAAACUGGACGACAAACCAAAGUCUCCUCUUGAUUCAGUGAAACCUAUUCAACAAGAAUACUCGGACGAUGAAAGCGAUGAAGAGUUUGGAAUUCCCAAGCCCCAAGACAAGACUCUUGGUCAGCCAACUCCAUCCAUAGCUCCCUUUAGCGCCGUUAGUAAAAAAUCUCCAUUAAUAGAAGCAGACAAACCGAUGCCCAUUGACGUUAAGGAUGACAAAGCCCCAACUAAACUGGACGAUAAACCAAAGUCUCCUCUUGAUUCAGUAAAACCUAUUCAACAAGAAUAUUCGGACGAUGAAAGCGAUGAAGAGUUUGGAAUUCCCAGGCCCCAAGACAAGACUGUUGGUCAGCCAACUCCUUCAGUAGCUCCCUUUAGCGGCAUUGAUGAUAAAUCUCUUCUGAAAGAAGAACUUAAGCCUACUGUUUCAAUUUCAAAAGUAGAAGAAAACUCAACAACACUUCACUCUGAGAGCACUAUUUUCAAAUCAGUUGGUAUAAUUAAGCCAUCAGAUCCUUUCUCAAGUUUCCAAGGUGACAAAAUUGGGGAUAAAUCUCCUCUUAAAGAAGCAGACAAACCGAUGCCCAUUGACGUUAAGGAUGACAAAGCCCCUACUAAACUGGACGACAAACCAAAGUCUCCUCUUGAUUCAGUAAAACUUAUUCAACAAGAAUACUCUGACGAUGAAAGCGCUGAAGAGUUUGCAAUUCCGAAGCCCCAAGACAAGACUGUUGGUCAGCCAACUCCAUCCACAGCUCCCUUUAGCGCCGUUAGUGAAAAAUCUCCUCUAAAGGAAGCAGAUAAAACGAUGCCCAUUGACGUUAAGGAUGACAAAGCCCCUACUAAACUGGACGACAAACCAAAAUCACCGCUUGAUUUAGUUAAACCUAUUCAACAAGAAUACUCGGACGAUGAAAGCGAUGAAGAGUUUGGAAUUCCCAGGCCCCAAGACAAGACUGUUGGUCUGCCAACUCCUUCAGUAGCUCCCUUUGGCCGCGUUGAUGAUAAAUCUCUUCUGAAAGAAGAACUUAAGCCUACUGUUUCAAUUUCAAAAGUAGAUGAAAGCUCAACAACACUUCACUACGAGAGCACUAUUUUCAAAUCAGUUGGUAUAAUUAAGCCAUCAGAUCCUGUCUCAAGUUUCCAAGGUCACAAAAUUGGCAAUAAAUCUCCUCUUAAAGAAGCAGACAAACCGAUGCCCAUUGACGUUAAGGAUGACAAAGCCCCUACUAAACUGGACGACAAACCAAAGUCUCAUCUUGAUUCAGUAAAACCUUUUCAACAAGAAUAUUCGGACGAUGAAAGCGAUGAAGAGUUUGCAAUUCCGAAGCCCCAAGACAAGACUGUUGGUCAGCCAACUCCAUCCACAGCUCCCUUUAGCGCCGUUAGUGAAAAAUCUCCUCUAAAGGAAGCAGAUAAAACGAUGCCCAUUGACGUUAAGGAUGACAAAGCCCCUACUAAACUGGACGACAAACCAAAAUCACCUCUUGAUUUAGUUAAACCUAUUCAACAAGAAUACUCGGACGAUGAAAGCGAUGAAGAGAUUGGAAUUCCCAAGCCCCAAGAUAAGACUUUUGGUCAGCCAACUCCCUCCGCAGAUCCCUUUAGCCGCGUCGAUGAUAAAUCUCUUCUGAAAGAAGAACCUAAGCCUACUGUUUCAAUUUCAAAAGUAGAAGAAAACUCAACAACACUUCACUCCGAAAGCACUAUUUUCAAAUCAGUUGGUAUAAUUAAGCCAUCAGAUCCUUUCUCAAGUUUCCAAGGUGACCAUAUUGGGGAUAAAUCUCCUCUUAAAGAAGAUGACAAACCGAAGCCCAUUGACGAUAAGGAUGACAAAGCCCCUACUAAACAAGACGAUAAAUCAAAGUCACCUCUUGUAUCAGUAAAACCUUUUCAACAAGAAUAUUCGGACUAUGAAAGCGAUGAAGAGUUUGGAAUUCUCAAGCCCCAAGACAUGACUGUUGGUCAGCCAACUCCAUCCACAGCUCCCUUUAGCGCCGUUAGUGAAAAAUCUCCUCUAAAGGAAGCAGACAAACCGAAGCCAAUUGACGCUAAGUAUGACAAAGCCCCAACCACACUAGCCGAUAAAUCAAAGUCACCUCUUGGAUCAGAAAAACCUAUUCAACAAGAAGACUCGGACGAUGAAAGCGAUGAAGAGUUUGGAAUUCCCAAGCCCCAAGACAUGACUGUUGGUCAGCCAACUCCAUCCACAGCUCCCUUUAGCGCCGUUAGUGAAAAAUCUCCCCUAAAGGAAGCAGACAAACCGAAGCCAAUUGACGCUAAGUAUGACAAAGCCCCAACCACACUAGCCGAUAAAUCAAAGUCACCUCUUGGAUCAGAAAAACCUAUUCAACAAGAAGACUCGGACGAUGAAAGCGAUGAAGAGUUUGGAAUUCCCAGGCCCCAAGACAAGACUUUUGGUCAGCCAACUCCCUCCGCAGAUCCCUUUAGCCGCGUCGAUGAUAAAUCUCUUCUGAAAGAAGAACUUAAGCCUACUGUUUCAAUUUCAAAAGUAGAAGAAAACUCAACAACACUUCACUCCGAAAGCACUAUUUUCAAAUCAGUUGGUAUAAUUAAGCCAUCAGAUCCUGUCUCAAGUUUCCCAGGUGACAAAAUUGGGGAUAAAUCUCCUCUUAAAGAAAAUGACAAACCGAAGCCCAUUGACGAUAAGGAUGACAAAGCCCCUACUAAACAAGACGAUAAACCAAAGUCUCCUCUUGUAUCAGUAAAACCUAUUCAACAAGAAUACUCCGACGAUAAAACCGAUGAAGAGUUUCGAAUUCCCAAGCCCCAAGACAAGACUUUUGGUCAGCCAACUCCAUCCGCAGCUCCUGUUAGCGCCGUUAGUGAAAAAUCUCCUCUAAAAGAAGCAGACAAACCGAAGCCAAUUGACAUUAAAGAUGAUAAAGCCCCAACCACACUAGCCGAUAAAUCAAAGCCACCUCUUGGAUCAGAAAAACCUAUUCAACAAGAAUACUCGGACGAUGAAAGCGAUGAAGAGUUUGGAAUUCCCAAGCCCCAAGACAUGACUGUUGGUCAGCCAACUCCAUCCACAGCUCCCUUUAGCGCCGUUAGUGAAAAAUCUCCUCUAAAGGAAGCAGACAAACCGAAGCCAAUUGACGCUAAGUAUGACAAAGCCCCUACUAAACUGGACGACAAACCAAAGUCUCCUCUUGAUUCAGUAAAACCAAUUCAACAAGAAUAUUCGGACGAUGAAAGCGAUGAAGAGUUUGGAAUUCCCAAGCCCCAAGACAAGACUGUUGGUCAGCCAACUCCUUCAGUAGCUCCCUUUAGCGGCGUUGAUGAUAAAUCUCUUCUGAAAGAAGAACUUAAGCCUACUGUUUUAAUUUCAAAAGUAGAAGAAAGCUCAACAGCACUUCACUCCGAGAGCACUAUUUUCAAAUCAGUUGGUAUAAUUAAGCCAUCAGAUCCUUUCUCAAGUUUCCAAGGUGACCAUAUUGGAGAUAAAUCUCCUCUUAAAGAAGAUGACAAACCGAAGCCCAUUGACGAUAAGGAUGACAAAGCCCCUACUAAACAAGACGAUAAAUCAAAGUCACCUCUUGAUUUAGUUAAACCUAUUCAACAAGAAUACUCGGACGAUGAAAGCGAUGAAGAGUUUGGAAUUCCCAAGCCCCAUGACAAAACAGUUGGUCAGCCAACUCCAUCAGUAGCUCCUGUUAGCGCCAUUAGUGAAAAAUCUCCUCUAAAGGAAGCAGACAAACCGAAGCCAAUUGACGCUAAUUAUGACAAAGCCCCUACUAAACUGGACGACAAACCAAAGUCUCCUCUUGGAUCAGUAAAACCUAUUCAACAAGAAUACUCGGACGAUGAAAGCGAUGAAGAGUUUGGAAUUCCCAAGCCCCAAGACAAGAUUUUUGGUCAGCCAACUCCAUCCGCAGAUCCCUUUAGCCGCGUUGAUGAUAAAUCUCUUCUGAAAGAAGAACUUAAGCCUACUGUUUCAAUUUCAAAAGUAGAAGAAAGCUCAACAACACUUCACUCUGAGAGCACUAUUUUCAAAUCAGUUGGUAUAAUUAAGCCAUCAGAUCCUUUCUCAAGUUUCCAAGGUGACAAAAUUGGGGAUAAAUCUCCUCUUAAAGAAGCAGACAAACCGAUGCCCAUUGACGUUAAGGAUGACAAAGCCCCUACUAAACUGGACGACAAACCAAAGUCUCCUCUUGAUUCAGUAAAACUUAUUCAACAAGAAUACUCUGACGAUGAAAGCGCUGAAGAGUUUGCAAUUCCGAAGCCCCAAGACAAGACUGUUGGUCAGCCAACUCCAUCCUCAGCUCUCUUUAGCGCCGUUAGUGAAAAAUCUCCUUUAAAAGAAGCAGACAAGCCGAUGCCCAUUGACGUUAAAGAUGACAAAGCCCCUACUAAACUGGACGACAAACCAAAGUCUCCUCUUGAUUCAGUAAAACUUAUUCAACAAGAAUACUCGGACGAUGAAAGCGAUGAAGAGUUUGGAAUUCCCAAGCCCCAUGACAAGACAGUUGGUCAGCCAACUCCAUCAGUAGCUCCUGUUAGCGCCAUUAGUGAAAAAACUCCUCUAAAAGAAGCAGAGAAACCGAUGCCCAUUGACGUUAAGGAUGACGAAGCCCCUACCAAACUCGACGACAAACUAAAAUCUCCUCUUGAUUUAGUUAAACCUAUUCAACAAGAAUACUCGGACGAUGAAAGCGAUGAAGAGUUUGGAAUUCCCAAGCCCCAAGACAAGGCAGUUGGUCAGCCAACUCCUUCAGUAGCUCCCUUUAGCGGCGUUGAUGAUAAAUCUCUUCUGAAAGAAGAACUUAAGCCUACUGUUUUAAUUUCAAAAGUAGAAGAAAGCUCAACAACACUUCACUCCGAAAGCACUAUUUUCAAAUCAGUUGAUAUAAUUAAGCCAUCAGAUCCUGUCUCAAGUUUCCAAGGUGACAAAAUUGGGGAUAAAUCUCCUCUGAAAGAAGAUGACAAACCGAUGCCCAUUGACGUUAAGGAUGUCAAAGCCCCUACUAAACUGGACGACAAACCAAAGUCUCAUCUUGAUUCAGUAAAACCCUUUCAACAAGAAUAUUCGGACGAUGAAAGCGAUGAAGAGUUUGGAAUUCCCAAGCCCCAAGACAUGACUGUUGGUCAGCCAACUCCAUCCACAGCUCCCUUUAGCGCCGUUAGUGAAAAAUCUCCUCUAAAGGAAGCAGACAAACCGAAGCCCAUUGACGUUAAGGAUGACAAAGCCCCUAGUAAACCGGACGAUAAACCAAAAUCACCUCUUGAUUUAGUUAAACCUAUUCAACAAGAAUACUCGGACGAUGAAAGCGAUGAAGAGUUUGGAAUUCCCAAGCCCCAUGACAAGACAGUUGGUCAGCCAACUCCAUCAGUAGCUCCUGUUAGCGCCAUUAGUGAAAAAACUCCUCUAAAAGAAGCAGAGACCGAUGCCAUUGACGUUAAGGAUGACAAAGCCCCUACCAAACUCGACGACAAACUAAAAUCUCCUCUUGAUUUAGUUAAACCUAUUCAACAAGAAUACUCGGACGAUGAAAGCGAUGAAGAGUUUGGAAUUCCCAAGCCCCAAGACAAGGCAGUUGGUCAGCCAACUCCAUCAGUAGCUCCUGUUAGCGCCGUUAGUGAAAAAUCUUCUCUAAAGGAAGCAGACAAACCGAAGCCAAUUGACGUUAAGGAUGACAAAGCCCCCAUUAAACUGGACGAUAAACCAAAAUCACCUCCUGAUUCAAUAAAACCUAUUCAACAAGAAUACUCGGACGAUGAAAGCGAUGAAGAGUUUAGAAUUACCAAGCCCCAAGACAAGACUGUUGCUCAGCCAACUCCAUCUGUAGCUCCUUUUACCGCAGUUGUUGAUAAGUCCCCUCUGAAGGAGGAGGAAAAGCCGAAGCCAAUUGAAGAAAAAGAUAAUGAUUUGGGUUCAGAAAUGUCUAUUCAAAAAGAAUACUCGGUCGCGCCCCCUGAUCAGUCAACCGCUUUACCUCCUGUUAGUUCAACUGAACAUAAUUUUAAAAUUAUUGAAACUGGUUCAGAAAAAGAUUUGAGUACAAGUUCCAAAAUAAGUUUACUGUCUAAUUUUGAAGAAAAUAGGUCAGUUCAACAGAUUGUAGAAGAUACUAUUCGAGCAGGUGAUGCUGAAGUUCAAAAAAUUGUGGACGAAACACUUAAAAAUGCUCAGCAUUUAAGAAACUUUAACAAUGUCAAAGGUCAGAUUUUGGACGAAGAUGAGCGUUCAGUUGAGCAAAUAGUCGAAGAAACACUACAAAGUGCAAAGUUGAAGGCUGAUAUUUCUAGGGAAGAGGAAAAAGUUCCGAUGGUAAACGAAGCAGAAGCAAAAGAAGUUCGUCCCAUUGCAUAUUUUGUAAAUUUGGAAAAUGAACAGAAGUCGCCUACUGUAAAAAAAGUAGUUAAAAAAGAAAAGACAGCGACUAAAGCAGAUACAGGGAAAACAGUUAAGGAAAUAAGUACAAAAGCCACAGUUCAGAGUACCAUUAGUAAAAGACCAGUUGGAGUUAAAGUAAAGUCUAAAGCCGAUUUAAAAGCCCCUCCUGUUUCGCAAACUAAGGAAAAAACUCCGGUUAGCAAGCAAACCAAAAUUAAAAAAUCACUAGCAACAGAAAAAGCAAAAAUUUCAACUAAAUCCGAGUCAAGACGCUCCGUUACUAGUUCAACUUCAACCACCACUAGUUCGGCUUCCGCUACGAGCCGUGUUAUAAGCGAAUUGCAUUUCGAGAGGUCUGCCAGCCCAGCGUCGAGUUCCAUUUUCUACGAAAGCCAUCCGCAAGCCGAUAGCCGCUCCACAACACCCAGACCUAGGGUUAAGACUGACGUCACACGAAUACCCUACAAUGCUUCAGUUCGUUCAUAUAGCCCCCAGCCCAAAACCAACAGGUCAGAAAAAACAACCGUGAAACAAACGAAGACAACUGCCACUCGAUCUACCAAAGAGCUUACAGCAAGGAUUUCAAAGAAGACUGAACGAUUCGGUAUCCAAGAACAAGUGCAGGCCAAGCGAAGUAAGACUCCGACACCGAUUGCUGCCCACAGAUACAUGCAGCCCACCCUGGCCCACAACAUGCGAUUCGGAUUGAGUGGCGAUGGAGAGACUGGUCAGAGUGUCUCUCCGGCACCAGGACCUCUUAAGUCACCCGCACCACCAAAAUCGCCAGCUCCGGCCCUAACUAGAAGUACUCAACGAACACAUUUAAAAACAAGUGCCUUGACAAAGUCCUCAUCCCUGGAAACGAAACAAAAGAAGGCGGUCCCUGAAAAGACCCCAACACAAUCCCGUUCCCUGAUUAAGAGAGGUUCGCAGAGUGAUAGCAAAGAGUCCCUGAAGAGCACUGACCGCCUAUACAAACGACAGACAUCUAAAGAAAAUAAACUAGCAAACGUGAUAGGCUCUAAGAGCCAAGCAACUAAAAGCAUGAAGACACAAUCAGCGACUGCAGCAAAGACACUUGCAUACAGAACUUCCAUAGAAUCCGACAACAAGCUUCAGAUGAAGACCACAGCCACUAUACAGCGCACCAAAGUUCCGAUUAGCGUUUCUUCCAGUGCAAGGACUGCAGCUAAGCUAAGCAAGAGUGAUGACGCCGAAAAGAGACCUCAGAUAGACAAUAAGAAGACAGUUAGGCGAGUGGCAACCAAGACAAGCGAAAUACCAAGCACCUCCGCCACCAAAUCCAUGCCGGGCUCCAUGGAGCCUAAGAUGCAGAAGAAGAUGAAGGACACAAUGAACGAGUCCAAUUCAAACUCGGGCAGUGGAAGCACCAGUGCCAGCGGCUCCUCGAACAGCACGCGCCGCAGCGUGCGAUCCGUUAGCACCGUCAGCCGUAAGACGGACAAGGACCUAACCAACAUCCGGAGGGCAGCGGGAGCUGUCGUGUCGACAUCAACAGUGCGGGCGCAUCGGGAACCGACGGCCACCACCGGCGCUGUUAGCACCGUGCUCGUUGAUGACGACUGUGAGGUGAUAACCAUACGAUCCAUUAAAUCAAGCGAUAGUACAAAAAGUUCUACCUCAUCAUCCUCCGGUAGCGGCAGCAACAGUCGCAAGGUGCUAACCAGCGAGGUAUUCACUAAGACCUUCGGCCCCGACAGGCCGCUCGAAGUGGUCUACCGCCAGCCCGAGUUCGAUGUAGAACACCACACCAUCAUGUCAGUCCGUCCGCCUUCCAACAACAGCGGCGAGCAGCAGCGGUGCAUUAACGAGUUCGAUGUCAGCUUCAUCGACACCACAGACUCCAGUCUCUCGGACUCUGUUGCCCUGCCCAUGUUUGGCCCUAGUGAUCCGGAGCGCCUGCUGGCCGCAAGUCCCGGAUCACCAAAGCCGACUCGCAGUCCCCUGGCCCUGAUCGAGGAGAUGCGGCGCCAGCAACAGCACCACCAUCAUCAUCAACACCACCACCACAGUAGUAUUAUCGUGGCCGGUGCUGCUGCCCUUGACCCAACUCUAUCAAUUCAAGGGGCUUUACCAGAAAGUCAACGGGAGGCGGCGGUGACUGUGGUGACUGCGGAGGUGGAGGUGGAGAAGAGCACUACUUUAAAAGAAAACCUUCAGGAAAAAAAAGUUGACCUAUCCACUCUGGAUACCGUAAAGAUCUCAAAAGAAAUUGGUGAUGUUAAAGUUGGUGGUGGUGAUGAUGAUGAUAAUGGCGAAGGCGAAGAUCUUGUGGCGCGCAUUCGCGAGGAAGCCAAUAUCCUGGUGGAUCGCGUGCUCGAAGAGAGUGUCGAGAUCAUCGAGAGCCAUGGCCAUCAGGCCAAUGGCCACGAGAUCAUUAAGCUGGACUAUAACUCAGAAAGUGAGAAUUAUGCCAUCACAUGCGAUGAUAUUGGCGGCGUCGAUGUCAUCAAAUCGCCCACCAUUGAGUCCAUGUCGGGCAAGUCGUUCGACGACAAUAUGAGCUUCACCGACGAGCACAUACAUUUACCCUUGCAUGCCCAGAACACGACCACCACCACGACAACGACAGUAACCACUCAAUUCCAACAGCAGCAGUCCCAGGCCAUUUCCCAGGCGAUUCCCCAGACUGCUGCCAUAAGCUCAUCGGCGGCAAAAGAACCCGUUCCUGUUCCCGAAUCUGUAACCGUACCUCCUCCCGUACCAGUAGUGUAUAAUCGAGAUCAGGCCGAAGACAUGAGCGAAACUCGAGCGAGGCGCAUUGAUCGUAAGAUCGAGAAACUAUCAACAGACAUGGAUGACGUGAGCGCCAAAUUCGAUGAGGCGUUCGAGGCAGCGGUGCCUGAGGACGAGAUCAGUGCCCUGCAGGGUGACUUCUCCAAGCUCAGCUGGGAUGACAGCGUGUCGCCCACGACCAACACAAUGGCCGAUAUGGCCCAGAACCAGAUAACGCCCGAUAAUGAUAUUCAAGAUCUCAUCGCAGAAACAGGCGGCGAUUUACCGAUCUCAAGUGAAACCGAAACCACUCCCGUACCACCGUCGGCUGCUGUGGCCAGCUCCACAGCGAAAAAGACAGAAACUGAAAGCAAAACCGAAACUGAGCCGGCGGUAGAAACCAAUACAUUCACUACCACCAGCCUCGACACACCCACACCAAAACCACGAGUUCUCAAAGCAAGCUCCCCACUCUCCGAAGGCACCGAUAGCACAACCAUCCCUGGCCCAGUGUCCAGACCUGAAAUACCGAUCGAUAAUUUUGAUGCCGCACCGGUUCCAAAGCCACGUGCUCCCAUCAAGCACACGGAGCCGUUCGAGAACCUGGCCGCUCUAGCUGAGCAGUCCGAUAGCAUUAGUCUCCGGAGUUUUGACUUCACCGAGGAGCUGUCCAAGACGGAUGAACCGUCCACAGAGCUCAUUCGUUCUCAGCUGCGUGACAUUGUCACAACCACGACCACUGCCGAGGAUCAUACCGAAAGCUUUGAUCCAACAAGUGAGAUUUCAGUAGAUGAUGCUGAUACCGAAAAAUCAGAGGGCGCUGAGAAGACCACUAGCUUUUACAUUGGGGAGUCCAGUCGAAAUGUUAUCAUAAAGACAUCGACAAGGUCGGCAAGUGUAACGCCCCAAGAAGAAGAGGCCGCCACGGAUAUAGGCAUCGAUGCCAAGGAUAUUUCAUUAAUGAAGGAAGUAUCCGUGGACUCCGAUGAGGCCAAUGAUGUUUUCAAGGAAUAUGUGACAAUGAAGGCCGACGAUGCUGCAGCACUGAAUAGCAAAAUCGAAAGGCAAGGCUCGGAAACUAGAAAUGAUUUGCUCGAGUUUGAGAAUGCCGAUAAAGACAAGUCUGGCGAACCUAAACUGUCCAAGGUAACCACCGAAGAAAGUUUGACCACAUCCACCGGAUCCAGUGGCCGAGCCAUUUUAGAAGUUGCCCCAUCAAGCAGUGAAGAUCCAGAUGAGUCAAGUAAAGAAAUCCCUGAGAUUGUGAAUACCAUCUCAGAGAAAGUUGCAUCCACUGAACAUUUCGAAUUGCCUUUGGAAAAAAGUGAGUGGGAAACGUCGGAGAAGGUAAUACCAACUGAGGGAAAGCCAAAAGUAGUUCACUCACCUCAGCAGCCAUCGGCCAGCAGCGUUAAGAGUGUUAUCGAUGAAUCUUUAGUAGGGGAAACUCUUGCAGAAGUGCAAGAAUCUCAGGAAGGGAAAUCUAAUAGAGGAACUACCAGCGAGUUUGGGCUCACUGAAUCCACUGCGGAGACCGACGAUAUAUCUUCUUUCAUAGGUAUUCCCGAUGCUAGCAUGCACACUUCCACCUUAGAGAGCACACUGCCUCCGGAAGGCCUUUUUGAUACCACUAUCAAGGAGACUCUGAACAAGCAAGCGGCGAUGGCUCACUAUGCUCAGGAUGUGUUUGGUAGAGCAGAGAGGCGAGAUGAUCAUGGCUCUCUGGGCUUUAUAUCAACAGGAACGGCUGAAGAGUUGAGCUCCAUGGGACACAUGGCCAAGGAGGAACAGGCCUCGUUAGGUUUUAUCUCAACAGAGACCGCCGAGGACUUUAGCUCAAUGGAAGAUUACUAUACGGAGAAACUGCCAGCAAGUGUUGUUGCAGAGGAAAUGGCUGCAGAUAAAUCGAUAACCACCAGCACUUUUGAGGAACUCACCUCAGAUCAGUCUAUUAAGCCAGUCGAUGGUGUUCACCGUUUAAAGAACGAAUCAUCGCCGGAUUCUAUAAAUCGCUGGUCAAUCCCCGAUGUGGACAACUCCAGCUCUAGCGAGAGCUUCCACAAGAGCUUCGAUAAGACACAGAGCCGACCGCUUUCCUCUGACAUGGAUAACCUUUUAACUGCCACUGGAACCGGCACAGGCACUUCUAGUGAUUACCAGACCGCUCGGGAGUUCACCUCGACCUAUCGCACCGAUGGCACAGAGUACGUUAGUGCAGUCAGCACCUUAGGCAGCAGCAGCUUGGAUUCUCAGUCCGAGACAUCGGCCAACUUGGCCAGCAUUGAUGUCGAGCUAUCGGAGACUCUGGUGGCCUCCUCCGCGGAGGUGGAUGUUUUCGAGGCCGAAGAGAUGUCACGACUGCGUGAUUUACGUGCCGACGAUGAGGACAGCGAUGAGAGCAUGGAGUUGCGAGCCGCUUAUCCAACUUCCGAACAACAAAGUCUUAUGAAGCGCUCCCAGGAAAUGAUUUUCAAACCAAAGACAGAGGUGGAGGAACAUCAGCCUGCUGUGGAGGCAGUGAAAAUAGAGGAAUAUCCCAAGCCCAAGGAGGCGGAACGUACCUGGGGCCUAGCAUACCCCUUGGAGGACAACAAGGCCGACAGCCCAAAAGACAGCGAAAAGGGCGAGGACAUUCUGUUGUACCACGGUGAUCCGCGACGGUCAAUUGACGAGUCCAAAUUAGCCUCAAGCUUAGACGAGGGCAGCAUCCUUUCCGUGAGCAUGUCGAGCACAUCCAACAUUGACACCGUUGUGGAGAACUUUGAUGAUAUAAUUGGAUGCGGAUCCUCUUCGCUGACCGGCAUCGAAGGCUUCCAGUAUGGACAUGAUGAGCCCAUGCCAUCUGCCUCUGUGCCAGAGGACGCCACAUUCAUGUUGGAGAUGGAAAGCAAGGAGCACUCGCCACAGGACUCCAAUGCUAGUACACCACCAGGUGGAGAAUCAAAGCGGCGUGGCCAUAAGCGCAACGAGAGUAUUUCCGGUGACGCCUUAAAGAACCUGGACAAAGAGGUGGCCCUCCUAGGAGAGGGAAAAGAAUCGGAGAGCGAGUCGGAUACGGAUCCGUACGAGUCGGAAUAUGCCAGGCAAUUCCGUUCUCCCAAAGAGCGAAAAAAUAAAAAGAAAAAGCAGGCAGCAGCUGAAAUGGAUCACAGUGCCGAGCUGGAGAAGCGUCCGUUCACUCCCUCACUGGUGGCUGAGGUAAUCGUGGAGGAUGACACAGAGGAGCAGGAGGCGGAAGCUGCCAUGAUUGAGGAGCGCCGCCCCUCGCAGAACAUGCAGGAUUACUCAAAUAUUCCCGACAUUAUGGUCACAGAGGACAUCAAGUCGCCAAUUCUAGAGGAGGAGGCCGAUGAAUUUCCCGAGAAAACUCCCUUGUACAAGGUGCGCACCGAGGAGGAGCUGCACAAGGCCAGCGAUGCCUCUGUCUAUCAGAAGGAGAAAGCCGAAGAGAAGGAACAGGAUUUCCAAAGACGAGUGCAGGAACAAUACCGUCAGAAACUCGAGGAACUGAAGCGUGCCGAGGUCGGGGCAGAGUAUGAUGAUCGCAGGGCUCCCGACUCGCCGGACUCUUUUGAAAUGGUCGAACAGCCCGAUAUUUCAGACGAGUUUGUGAUUAUCGAAGAGGUGGCCAAAGAGGCCAAUGAAGUGGAUCUCGGUGGAAAGAGCAUAAAGAUAAAGCCAAUCAAGUAUGAGCAAAAGCAUGACGAGGACGUUGAAAAGAUCAUUAUCAAGUCCGCUCCAGCGGAUCCCAAGCUCGGCUCCCAGCUCUACAAGGAUGAUCUGAAUUUCGAGUUUGAAGAGAGCCCACCAACGGCGGCCAGUAGUAGCAGCGAACAGCAGGAAGAGAGUGAUUCCAGUGACACUGCUGCCGCCAACAAGCGCUGGGUGGAGAUGCAGCUGACGGACAACCAGCUGCGUUAUCCAUACGACCUGGCUGGCGCCGUGCUAGAAGACAUUAAGGAGGAAGACGGCGAGUUUGAAGUGGGCAGCAGUCGCAUCAGCAGCUUCAAGGACUCCUUUUCGAGCACACCCGAGUAUGAUAUGGCAGCUCGUCGUUACCACUCCCGAGGCGAGCAUGAUGACGUGUCGAUGAGUAGUCUGCAAGAGUUUGAAUCGCUAGAGCAGGCCAUUUCCCUGGAGAAUCGAAACCGAACCCACCAGGGCUCCACGGACUCCAGCAACGGCAGCUUUACCCGCCGCUAUGUGGUUCGUCACAGUGGCAGUGGAACGGCCCCGGGCGAUGAUGUGUCCGUUUCCAGCUUAAAGGAUUUCGAAGGUCUGGAGAAUGCUUGCAUCGAAGCCCAUCUGAUCGAGACCAAGGCCAGGGAGGAAGCAGCCUUGCUGUCGCGUUCCGAUGAAUCGAACAAAUCGAAUGGCAGCGACAAGGGAGCCGCCGGCGGUAAUGUUGUGGUGACCAAGGUGACCCGCACAGUAACACGUACCGAAGUGGUUCCUUCCAGUCAGGCGGAGAACAUCGAAGCCCUUCUCAAGCAGAAGCUGGAACGGGAGGAAGCAAAGCUGGGAUCCACUUCAGUAAAACUCACAGACAUUAGCAGCACUGAUCUGGAGCCCAAGUCCAAGAGAAGCCAGGACUCUGAGAAGGAUAGUAUAGACAGCAUGGAGAUCAGUAAAAGCCACGACAUGAUGACCAGCAGCAUAGAGAGCUUUGACAUCUCUAAGGAUGCCACAACGCGAUCUGACAUUGAUUCUCUGGAGAUUGACAAGCGCCAUUCGCGGCAGGAGAGCAUAGAAUCCUUCGGGGAUGAGCAACUGGACCUAAUGACCAAGUUCGUCAGCGGCGGAGGAGGAGUGACCUUGGGUGAUGGUCUGACCACCACCACGACAACAACGACCACCAGCACAGAUGCCGAUGGGCAUGAGCAUACAGUAACGCGGGUGAUAACCACCACGACAUCAGUGGGCGGUGGAAUUCAAGAGCUGCCGCUGGAUGAGAGCGGAAUGUCUAAGGAUGUAUCGGUGGACUCGCUGAAUCUGUGCGUGGAGCAAACAACAAGUUCGGCUGGAACCACGGCCACGUAUCAGACCAGCGCCGGCAACUCACAGAUGUCCGGAAGCGUGACCAGCUGUGCAUCGAGCACGCUCAUGGAGGAUUCGUUCCCUGGUGUGGGUGGCAUGUCGUCGUCACAAAUGUCGGCCAGUUUCUGGUCGCAUGAUGAGUCCACGGUGGUCGAGGAUGAGGGCCACGACACAGCCGCCAAGAAGCAGCAGCAGGGCCAUUAGACGCCGGAUGCAAGUGAGGGAGAAGAUAUGGGAGAGUCCCGCGAAAUCCUAUAUAAAAAUGGGGCAAUGAACGGUGGCAUAGAAAAUUCGGCUAGACAAGGCGCUCUUCUAGACGCAUCAUCACUGGCCUUUAAGACGGAAUCUCUAGAUGGGAAACGCAAUUUCACCGGCUCUAAACAUCACCGAUUUCAAAUCGAACAGCGAAAGGGAUUAAUUAAUUAGCAAAUUUGACAUUUUCCAUCACAACACACAUUUUUAACGAUACUGAAGUGCAUAAACAAGAUACACGAGUUUUUAAAGGGAAAUAUAUAUAUUUUAUAUAUUUAUAAAAACUAUAAAACGGCAAACAUGAAUACGAAUAUGAAUAUAUGGCAAGCUUAGCCGUUCAACGCAUUUUCUUAUUGGCUUUAAUGUUUGAAAAUUACGUAAAAUGAUGAAAGAAACAAAAACAAUAUACGUUUUGUGCUAGAGCGUUGUAAUGGAAUACACCUUUGCUUUUAAUUUGAUGUAGUUAUUAUAUAUGUACAUGUACGAAGGAAACUUAUUAUUAAAUAAAUCGCUUAUUAUUGUAGUUUAAUUUAAGCAAUUAUACAAGUGCAUGUGGACAAGGGGACGUAAUGAAAUAGAAGAAGCCUGGAAAGUGAAAUGCUUUUAAAGUCUCAUUUUUUUACAAGAACCAAGCAAAUUUUAUACGCUUGCAUAUUUUAACAGUGAAAUAUACAUAAAUAUACAAUCUGAAGAGUAAUGCAUAGAUCAAAUUUAAAAACAUAUACAGACAAGAUAUUAAAUUUACUCACAUAGAACAACCAGCCAUCAAGUGUAUCGCUAAUUUUCGUAAUGCACAUCUUGCGUGAACGAGUGUUCGUCAGAAACCUUCUUCUUGAAAGGAUUUAAGCGUUUAGCAUCACCUCUGUAAUGGGAUAUGAAUAAAAUAAUAUUUGUGUUAAAAACAUACAAGAAAUAAAUAAUAACAUUAUUGUAUUGUAAACCACACGCGUAUAAUAACCAAAUAAAAUGCUUAAU